UAAUGACAUAACGUGCACUCAAUUUAAUAGUACUAAUACAUGUGGUUGUUGUUGCAUAUAAAUAAAACUCCUCGAACCAACCAAGUAAUUUGUCAUUGUCUCAUAAUUCUCUCUACUUACUCUUCUUAACUUCACAAGAAUAAAGAUAUUUUUAGGAACCAAAUCUGAAUCAGACAGAAAAAUAUGGGUGCUCUAGAUCACAUUUCUGAACUCUUUGACUGUUCCGGCGGCGGUUCUCAUCACAAAAAACGCAAACAAUUACAGACGGUGCAAGUGAAAGUGAAGAUGGACUGUGAAGGAUGUGAGAGAAAAGUUCGAAGAUCGGUGGAAGGAAUGAAGGGGGUAAACCAAGUUGAUAUAGAACGGAAAGCAAACAAAGUAACCGUUACUGGUUAUGUUGAACCGAACAAAGUGGUGGCGCGUAUAGCUCACCGCACUGGGAAAAGAGCUGAGAUAUGGCCGUAUGUUCCAUACGACGUCGUUGAACACCCAUACGCACAAGGUACGUAUGAUAAGAAAGCACCGGCUGGAUAUGUCAGAAACAACUAUGAUAAUAAUCAGUAUUCUGGAUCUCAUCUAGCGCGUGCUAGUUCGACCGAGGUUCGGUACACCACCGCUUUCAGCGACGAGAACCCCGCCGCGUGUGCUGUUAUGUGAUGUGAUGACGUCAUUUUCCGUUACCUGUUUUGUUUUGUUUUGUUUGUUACUAGUAGUAAUAUUGGUGUGGUUGUGUUGUGUGCAAGUAGUGUAAUUUAUUCAGUUUUUGUAAAUUAUUAGUAUGGCUUUUUUGAGAAUCAGUUUUUGGAAUAAUCGAUUUUUCAUUACA